UUUUCAUUUCUCUAUACUUUUUCAGCCGUUACUGCUACUCCUUGACCUUGCCCUCCAUUUUGGAGGUGCCAAUGGUAUUUCCAUCCCUUCUCAAUGCCAAGGCAUGAGACACGGUUUCCCGUUCGUCCUGCAAUCGCCAUGUGCACAUUCUCACACAAUGGACAAGGGGAAAGGGGAAACGUUUUUUGCGGUCAUUGCAAUCAAGGCAAAAAAAAUUCACCAAAAAGCCUCCAAUUACGGUUAUACACCGGUCAAGACGCCCUUGACGCAUAUACUACUAGAGGCGUUUUCGAUUUGAAUCAAAAAGAUAAUAAGCCUAUAGCAAGUUUCAUGCACACAUCGCUUGGUAAAAGUCAAGGCACUGACAUUAUAUGCUGGUUACAGCCAAGACACUGUCUUUGCUUUUAUCCCAGGUCCGGUGUCCAAGCUACUACUCCCGCAUGUUUGCUUUCUGAAACUGCCGUCGACGUGCCAUGGCACUCAAGCUUUGUCUCGUUUAAUGCCUUGUUCCACUUUCUGUUCCCAUUGCCAACGCGCCGAUUGUAAUUUUCCUCGCUCUCAAAAAACCCCAGUUUUCCUCACGGUCGGCGCGCUCAAAACAAGCAAUAACGUUACGCAAUAGUGUGCAAUCCCCAAGAACGACGUGUUCCCAAGUACACAUUGGUGCACAGUCUUAUUCACACCCAAAAAAUACGGCGCUGAUCUGAACUGAACAACCUGGCGCAGCCGAAUUUUAAGCGCCACACGAGAUGACGCCACCGCAAUCGUUCAGCCAAU